GUCUUUAGCUUAUUUCAGAGUUUGAAAAAGGUGAGGGAUGACUUUAUUCGAGGCAACGGAAGCAAAUGUUUACAAAUAACCCUCGUACGAUUAGUAUCGCCCCCUAUGAAUUAAGGCGAUCGACUGUCACGCGGUCUGACGUUGCCGCAGCCAUUCUCUGUACGUUCAUUUACGCAGAACAAAAGGGUUGAGGCUACGCUGCACAGCCACUGGAACCGUGUUUGAUCGCGUGCUCUCGAUUGUCCGUUGUCCACUGGAACCAGGAUUUUCCGGAAGAAAUAUAGGAAGGGUAGACUUCUGAUCCCAUGAUUGUCAUCUACCGUGUCAGGUCCCCCAACUUCAUGAGUUGAACCAAGCCAUAGACAUUAAGGAGACGCUUAUGUUGAUCAUAUGGCAGGUAAAGCUGCGAACCUGAGCAUGCUGAAUGAAAAUAAGUCGCUUCUGAUGAAGUACUACAGAUAUAUGGGAAUCAAUCUGUCCACAUUUGCUGUGAUAGCCCGCUGUGAUAGCGUGUUCUGCUGUUCGCAACAGUCGAAUGGACUUGUCCUGAACCCCCUCUCCAUGCUUAUCCCGGAAACCCCGCUGACUGUACAUUAGAGUACAGAUUUUUUCAGCAGGGCCUGGUUACAAAGAAUGUGGAGGACUCUUAGUAUAUCAGUGGAACAGUUCGGCGUUUCGAUAUCUGAAAGGUAACUAGUAGCCGCACAUCAAGAUUUGGCUAGAACUCUGGUUGUCGACAAGUCCUUGGCCCCAGACGUCUGGUGGGUUGUUCCCCCUGCCAAAAGCUUGAACAGUUACGUUUGUUGUGCGGGACCUCUCAAUGCAGGUGCACUUCACAGACGCCUCGCUACGAUCUGCGUCUGCAAUAACUUUAGAUCAAGCUCUUUCGGCGUUCAAGGUAUUUAUUAAUAUCGACUGCCUGGAGCGACAGCGUGUGGCUUCGUUCCUCCUCGAAAAAUGGGAUGUGUUAGCCACAAUAUUUGCCAAAGAGGAGUUAAUCCCCGGAGGGGGUGCUGGGUACGGGGACAUCCCAACGAAACGUUUAGGUAGAAAUUCGAGCAUCUCCCAGUUCAACUCCAUCUGCCUCGGCAAACACCCGCAUAGACGGAGUUCCCUUGCAUCUACCGAUCGAAGGAGGAGCACCAGGACAGGAGAGGUACCGGCCGAAUCGGAUCGCGACAUAUGCGACUGUACCGUCAAGCUCUACCACUUUUGGGAGUUCCUGCUGACUCAGUCUGAGAUCCACAUGCCACCCGAAGAUAUUUCGAUUCUCCUCCUGUGCCUUCACUGGUGGGGAGAUGUCCCCCUAUAUCAUCCGGCGUCGGAUAUUUCAAAGGAGAUGCUAAAAGGCUCACAGAUCUUUAGGGGUUUAGAACAGAUGAGCUUUGUCGUCCUUGUUACUAGUUGUCCAGCUGUUCGCAACACUGACCCUCUAAUGCAAGUGCGCUUCAGCGGCUCUCUCGAGCGGCACUGGAGUGCUUCGCGAUGACAUACGGGACUCCAGGCUGGCUUCAGAAGCUGCCAAUAGACCACAAGAACGCGUUCGCUAUCAAUGUGUUCGGACUGGACAAACAGCAUCUGAGGGACACUUAAAUUGGAAAACAAUUAAUCACAUAUACACCUCACUUGGAAAACAUUGUUAUGAAAAAAUUGUACACCUUCUC